AUGACGGAAAGAGCCAGCAAAGUAAGACCGAGAGGAAGUUUGUCAUUGUCUAAGAGUAAGAAGAAAGGCAAUGUCAAAGCUGGGAUUUAUGCCAGUCCUGCCACCGCCACACCUCCCAUCAGCUCCUUCUUCAGCAGCCAGCCCCCCCCUAGGCUGGCCUGCCCCCUGUGUGGCCAGCUGGUACCAAGAUUCAAGAUCAAUGAGCACAUUGAUUUGCAAUGUCAGAACUUUGAGAGAGGAGACAGCAAUGCAGCCUCAGCAAGUAAUACUGUCAUGCCAAGCAAGCAGCUGUCCCCCAUACGGAAUCCCCCAAAGUCCCUAAAGCUGGAUCCAAAGAAUGAAGAAGAAAUCAAAGGCACCAAGACCAGCCCUAAUUUCAAGAAGAAUGAUUCUCAGCAGGCACCACUGGAAUUGAGAAGUAAAAGUGUGGUGAGGACCAUUGACCUGGGAAGUCUCUCCUCCAAGUUAUCUAUGAAAAGACAUAAGUCACCUAAGAGGACAAAGACAGGAGAUAAACGGGCACCAAUGGAUCCUGAAAAGGCGAUAUGUUCAUCUCCUGGGACCCUCAGCAGCUCACAGAAAGAAAAUAUUCAGACUUUAGAAGCCGAACCAGAUGGUGUGACAGUCAUUGACCUCACAGACACUAGUAAUGACUCUCCAACAGCAGUGGAAGAUAUUUCAUGUUCAGACAAAGGACGUAAUCCUGAACGCAAAGCUCCUAAAUCAGAGAAAGUGGUUACUCUAAAGCAGCUCUCUUCUUCCUCUAAAGAGUCUAAACUAUCAAAGAGAAAAAAGGGAACACCUUCCACUGGCAGCGCGUCAGGACUAAGAAAGAAAGCAAAAUAUGAGGGGAGCAGCGUUGAGCCAGAGGAGGUGUUUUCUAGUGACAUUAAAGCAGCGAUGGCUGAUACAGACCAGACUAAAACUGAGGGACCUUCUACCACUACUUGUGACCCCCUUCUGACUUCAGAGGAAACGAAUGAUGCAGCGAUCAAAAGUGACACACAGUCAGAGUCUAUUACUGAGAGCAUCCCGAGUGACCAGGCUGUGGAUCCCCUACGGCUUCCCUACUACCUCCGUAACUUCCUGACCGUACUACAGGCUGUGCUGGAGAAUGAGGACGACAGGUCAUUGUUCAAUCAGGAUGACAUGUCACUCAUCCAUGCAUUCAAGAAACUCUCAGCCAUGGGGCAGAAGCUGUAUGUGAGACUCUUUCAGAGGAAACUGAAGUGGCUCCAAGUGAAUAAACUGCAUUAUGAAGAGAUAUGCAGUGAUCUGGGACCUGUGGCUCAGGAGCUGGUUCAAGCUGGUUUUCUACAGUCAGAGCGUGACCUUCAGGACUUGGGGGAGACUCUGGAUCUCCUGCCCGCUCCUGAUCUCAAAUCUCUGGCUAAGACUUUCCAUCUGGGCAAUUCUGGGACUCAGAAACAGCAGCUGGUGGACGGACUUCUCCGUUUGAGCCGGCAAAAGUCCCUCUUCUCUUUGUCCGCUGCUCAGAACAACAUUGGGGCUGUCAUCCUCAAAAGGGCAAAGCAGCUUGCAAGUUCCUGUGUGCGCCUGUGUCGCGGUGCUCGGGCCGUCUUCUCUCGGAUCCUUCUCCUCUUCUCUUUGACGGACACCCUGGAGGACGAGGAGACGGCGGCUGGUGGGCAGAGCCAGCUGUUCACCAUCCUGCUGGUUAACUCCGGACGCCUGGCCUUCCCAGACUACACCGUGCAGCGUUCAGCCAAGGUGUUCCAGGACAGAGAGGAUCUCAUCAGAUACGAAGCAUCCAUGCGGACCCUGCAGGAGGUGGUGUCAGCCAUGCAGGGGGGUCAAUGGGAGGAGGCCAUGGAGCUCUAUACUGCGGCUAAAAGCGUCUGGAAGGAGCUGAGGACAAACCAUGACCUCAGUCACAAGGAGGAGCUGCCUGUGUUCCUGCGCAGCUUCACUACAGGAUGGGCUUACACUCGGGUCUUAACCAGAGGGGUGGAGAUCUCGCAAAGGCUACGUUGCUAUGAGGAAGCAGUAGAGGAGCUGCAGUCCUUACUGUCGCAAUCUGUUUACUGUCCUGACAGCCGAGGCCGAUGGUGGGACAGACUGGCACUCAACCUUCACCAGCACCUUAAAAAACCUGAGCAAGCUAUCUGUGCUAUCAGAGAUGGGAUGUCAGACCCUCUGGUGCGUACUGGACACAAACUGUCUCUCCAUCAGAGAGCUGUCAGGAUGAAAGAGUCUGCCAGCCUGAAGAAGCUUCGCCUGCAAAUGAACGACAUGCCCACUAUCCAAGUUGAAGAUGUCACUCAUGUGACCAUCCGGGGACAGCUGUUCCCCCACGAGGGGGGCAUGGGGAAAUCUAGGUUUCUUUUACCAGCAAUUGGAGAUGGGGGCGAGAGUGCUGAUGCCACUAUUAUAUGCUCUGUGGAAGACCUGUCAUUAGCACAUUACCAUCAACAAGGCUUUGACCAAGGGAUCCAUGGCGAGGGCUCUACAUUCUCAACAUUGUUUGGCCUUCUGCUAUGGGACAUCAUUUUUAUGGAGGGUAUUCCAGAUGUUUUUAGGAAUCUAUACCAGACAUGUCCGCUGGACCUUUACACUGACUGUUUCUAUGAGAACAGAAAAGAGGCGAUAGAUUGUCGUGUGCAGUUACUCAGCGAGGCUUCUGUGGAGACUCUGCAUGACAUGUUGGCAGAGGUGUGGACCUCCCAUGAGGGUAAAGUGUGUUCACUGGUCAACUGGGAGCGCUUCUCAUCCCUGCAACAGGCACAGUCCCUUGUGUCAUGCAUGAGAGGAGCCUUCUUAGGAGGGGUAAUAAAACGAAUGUCAAAGGACUACAGACACUGCCGUGGAGGUUUGCCUGAUCUAGUGGUGUGGAACACCUCAAACAACACCUACAAGCUGGUGGAGGUGAAGGGACCAAGUGACCGGCUGUCCCAGAAGCAGCAGAUCUGGCUGGAUGAGCUUCAGAAGCUGGGGGCAGAUGUGGAGGUGUGUCACGUGACGGCGACAGGAGCCAGAGGAGCUCGUCUGGAAUAAACAGACACAGAGAAACUGACUGAAAAGCUGCUAAUUAAUCAGAUUGUGGUCAAAAUGGAAACAUCAGCAGACAAGACUCUGGGAGAAAAUAUCUGGGUACUUUUUCUGAUUCAUGAUCAUCUAGAACCAA